AUGGAGAAGAAUGACCUCUCUGACGAAUCUUUGCUGCCAAAGCCACCUGUGGCAGAAAUGAAAAGCUUUGAGACACUAGCCAUCCCCAACACAGAAGUCCGAGAGGCCCCCAGCGCAGAAACCCUGACCACCCCUCAUGGCGAUAUUGCCCCUCCAUCCACCAAAGAUACGGAAUGGAGCAUGACACCACAAGUGAUACGCAACCGCGAACGUGAUGCCGCCGCGGGUUUCAAGAAACGGGAACUGGGCGUGACAUGGAAUAAUCUGAGCGUGGAAGUUCUCGCGGCGGAAGCCGCAGUCAAUGAAAACCUGUUCUCCCAGUUUAACGUCCCUCAGCUCAUUAAAGACUUUCGCCGGAAACCGCCCCUGAAGUCUAUUUUGACGGAGAGCCAUGGCUGCGUAAAACCAGGGGAAAUGCUUCUCGUGCUAGGACGUCCUGGAUCUGGAUGCACUACUCUUCUCAAAAUGUUGUCUAACCGGCGUCAGGGCUAUCACACGGUGACAGGUGACGUGCGGUUCGGAAAUAUGAGCCCUGAAGAUGCGGAUCAGUAUCGAGGCCAGAUUGUGAUGAAUACGGAAGAGGAGCUGUUCUACCCACGCCUAACUGUCGGCCAGACUAUGGAUUUCGCCUCGAAACUAAAGGUUCCCUUCCACCUUCCGGAUGGUAUCAAGUCAGUGGACGAAUAUACCGCCGAGACCAAACAGUUUCUUCUCGAAUCUAUGGGCAUUGCGCACACGGCUGAUACCAAGGUGGGAAAUGAGUUCGUCCGUGGUGUCUCGGGUGGCGAGCGAAAACGGGUGUCUAUCAUCGAAUGCAUGGCAACGAGAGGUUCAGUAUUCAGCUGGGAUAAUAGCACACGGGGUCUUGAUGCGAGUACAGCCUUGGAAUGGGCCAAGGCUUUGCGAGCGAUGACAAAUGUGCUGGGACUCUCUACAAUCGUGACUCUGUAUCAGGCAGGUAACGGCAUUUACAAUCUGUUCGAUAAAGUCCUGGUACUCGAUGAAGGAAAACAGAUUUUCUAUGGUCCUGCAGCAGCAGCCAAGCCUUUCAUGGAGGAUUUGGGGUUUGUGUAUACCGAUGGAGCAAAUAUAGGUGAUUUUUUGACCGGAGUCACUGUUCCCACCGAGCGAAGAAUCAGACCUGGAUUCGAAAACACAUUCCCUCGAAAUGCGGAUGCCAUUCUCUCCCAGUACAAAAGCUCUAUGGUUCAUGAACGCAUGACGUCGGAGUACGAUUAUCCUACAACUGAGAUAGCCCGCGAGCGAACAGAAGCAUUCAAGGAAUCGGUUGCCUUCGAGAAGUCCAGCCAUUUGCCUAAGAAUAGCUCUCUCACAACGAGCUUCUGGAAACAAGUGAUGGCUUGCACAAUGCGACAGUAUCAAAUCCUAUGGGGUGAAAAGUCAACAUUCUUGAUCAAACAAUUUCUGUCACUCGCUAUGGCUUUGAUAGCUGGAUCAUGUUUCUAUAAUUCGCCAGCAACAUCCGCCGGUCUCUUCACCAAAGGUGGUGCUGUUUUCUUCUCGCUCCUGUAUAACUGCAUCGUGGCCAUGUCUGAAGUUACUGAAUCUUUCAAGGGGAGACCGGUCUUGGUGAAACAUAAAUCAUUUGCUUUAUAUCAUCCGGCGGCUUUUUGCCUUGCGCAAAUCACUGCAGACCUUCCGGUGUUGCUAUUCCAGUGUACGAUCUUUGCUGUCGUGAUAUAUUGGAUGGCUGGCCUGAAAGCUACUGCCGCUGCAUUCUUCACUUUCUGGAUAAUUCUCUUUUCAACGACCUUGUGUAUCACGGCUUUGUUCAGAUGCAUCGGGGCCGGAUUUAGCACCUUCGAAGCCGCUUCAAAAAUAUCUGGCACAGCCGUCAAGGGAAUCGUCAUGUACGCGGGCUACAUGAUUCCCAAGCCGAAGAUCAAAAAUUGGUUUCUGGAAUUGUAUUACACCAACCCCAUGGCUUAUGCAUUUCAAGCGGCUCUUUCGAAUGAAUUUCAUGGCCAAGAUAUUCCUUGCGUGGGCAACAACUUGGUUCCACACGGCAAUGGGUACGACGGUGUCGAUUCUGCGAACAAAGCGUGUGCAGGGGUUGGAGGUGCUUUGCCGGGCGCAGACUACGUCACUGGUGACCAGUAUCUUUCUUCCCUGCACUAUAAGCACUCGCAGCUUUGGCGGAAUUUCGGAGUCGUCUGGGCGUGGUGGGGAUUUUUCGCUGUCAUCACUAUUAUCUGCACGACUUUCUGGAAUGCGGGUGCCGGUGGAAGUGCUUCUCUUCUGAUUCCACGCGAGAGACUCAAGCAACAUCAGCACGGCGCGGACGAAGAGUCGCAGGUUAAGGAAAAGGAGCAGAACCGGCAGGGGGCGGUUGUCGAUGCGUCUGAUGAUGAUGAAAGUCUCACCCGCAAUACUUCCAUAUUCACAUGGAAGAAUCUUUCAUAUACGGUCAAGACCCCAUCAGGCGAUCGCGUCUUGUUAGACAACAUCCACGGCUGGGUCAAACCAGGUAUGCUCGGGGCAUUGAUGGGCUCUUCGGGUGCUGGUAAGACAACGCUACUCGAUGUCCUUGCGCAGCGAAAGACCGAGGGUACGAUCAAUGGGUCUAUUAUGGUUGACGGUCGCCCCUUGCCUGUUUCUUUUCAAAGAAUGGCUGGGUAUUGUGAGCAGUUGGAUGUGCAUGAACCCUUCGCCACGGUCCGAGAAGCCCUAGAAUUUUCCGCUCUACUGCGACAGCCCCGGACAACCUCAAAAGAAGACAAAUUAAAAUACGUCGACACAAUCAUCAACCUGCUGGAACUCCAUGAUCUUGCCGACACACUGAUUGGUACCGUGGGAAACGGCCUUAGUGUGGAGCAAAGAAAGCGGGUGACAAUUGGCGUUGAGCUUGUGUCCAAACCCAGUAUCCUUAUUUUCCUGGAUGAGCCGACUUCGGGUUUGGACGGCCAGUCUGCAUACAACACUGUGCGAUUCCUCCGAAAAUUAGCCGAUGUCGGUCAGGCGGUAUUGGUGACCAUCCAUCAACCUUCUGCGCAGUUAUUUGCCCAAUUUGACACUCUACUGCUGUUAGCCCGCGGCGGCAAAACCGUCUACUUCGGCGAUAUUGGAGAGAACGGUCAAACUAUCAAGAAUUACUUCGGCAAGCAUGGCGCUCGUUGCCCGACUGACGCGAACCCGGCAGAGUUUAUGAUCGACGUAGUCACAGGAGGUAUUGAGAGCGUCAAGGAUAUGGACUGGCACCGAGUUUGGUUGGAGUCGUCUGAACAUGGAGCGAUGGUUACCGAACUUGACAGAUUGAUUUCAGACUCUGCCUCCAGACCAUCUGGCACCGUCGAUGACGGCCACGAAUUCUCCAUGUCACUUUGGGAACAGACCAAGAUUGUCACCAACCGCAUGAACGUGGCCUUAUAUCGCAAUACUAACUAUGUGAACAAUAAAUUCUCGCUACACAUUAUCUCCGCCUUGCUCAACGGAUUUUCGUUUUGGAGAAUCGGCCCAAGCGUGACAGCCUUGAACUUGAAGAUGUUCUCUAUCUUCAACUUUGUCUUUGUCGCCCCCGGUGUGAUCAAUCAACUUCAACCUUUGUUCAUCCAAAGACGCGAUAUCUACGACACGCGAGAAAAGAAGUCGAAAAUGUAUUCAUGGGUUGCUUUCGUGACCGCGCUGAUCGUUUCUGAGUUCCCCUAUCUCUGCGUAUGUGCCGUGCUCUAUUUCCUCUGCUGGUACUACUGCGUCAAGCUGCCCCACGAUUCCAACAAAGCAGGCGCCACUUUCUUCAUCAUGCUCAUCUAUGAAUUCAUCUACACGGGCAUUGGGCAGUUCAUCGCCGCAUACGCGCCGAAUCCUACCUUCGCUGCACUCGUGAAUCCGCUGAUCAUCAGCACGUUGGUGCUCUUCUGCGGCAUCUUCGUCCCAUACACCCAGCUGAACGUGUUCUGGAAAUACUGGCUCUACUACCUGAAUCCCUUCAACUAUGUCGUUUCCGGAAUGUUGACCUUCGACAUGUGGGAUGCGAAAGUGACCUGCAACGAGGAGGAAUUCGCACGGUUCGACCCUCUCAACGGGACGUGCGCAGAUUAUCUCAAGAACUAUGUCGCCGGUGAUGGCUGGAGCAUUAAUCUAACCAAUCCAGAUGCUACAUCGGAUUGCCAGGUUUGUCAGUAUAGACGCGGCAGCGACUUCUUGAACACGCUCAACAUCAACCAUUACUAUUAUGGAUGGCGGGAUGCUGCGAUCUCGGUGAUCUUCGCUAUCAGUGGGUAUGUGUUGGUCUUUGGACUGAUGAAAUUGCGGACCAAGGCUUCGAAGAAGGCAGAAUAG